AAGAGAAAUGAGACGACUCGAUCAGCUGUUUCCUCACCCAUUUUUGUUAGUUGAUAUGUCAUAUGAUCUAUAUAGUUCGAAUAAUUGUGAUACGAUACUGCACGGUCUUGCUUUUGAAUUUUAAUUAAAUAAAUUAAAAGAAUAAUAUUGUGAUGUAUUCAGAUUAAAAAUAUUAAUUCACUACGCGUUAUGCCAUAACGAAAUUUAAAUAUCGUAAUAUAUUUCGAAAUGAAUAGCCAUUUAUCAACUUUGAAUACCAUUAAAUAGUGUAUUAAGAAACAUUCGGUCGAAUAGUUUGACGAUUAUUUAUUAUAUAUUCUAUAGAAGAAUUAUGACAGUUAUCUCCACUAGUUUCACGGCUUUGCAAAUGAUGUCAGCUAUGGUACCAGGUACAAAUAAUAUUAUGAAUAAUGAACAAAGUCGUCAUCACACAAUGGAAAGACAAAAGUUACUUGAAGACUUGUUGGAUGCUGCAAAAAAGUGUUACGUUAGAUUUGGAGGUCGUGCAGAAUUAGCAACAGAAUCGGACGCAUGUGUUGCUCAACUUUGUUUUAUACUCGAAGUAAUUUUUAGUCAUGGGUUGCGCACUAAUUGUAUAGAAAAAGUUAAUUUAGCUUUAAAACAUGUUUCUGCUUUAGUAUCUGGUAGCAAUGCUAAAUCUUUGAAUACAAUUGAUGCAGCGUUCUGGCCUUGUAUAAAAGAUCAAUUAACAUGGCACGAACAAGAACGUUUUAGUGUUUUAAGAAAGGUACGCACUGAUUAUGGCCGUGGUAGAGCAUGGCUAAGAGCAAUUUUAAAUGAACGCUCUUUGGAACGAAAUUUACAUACUAUUAUAAAUCCAGAUAAAUUAUCUUCAUUUUAUGAAGAAUGGGCUUUUUUAUUGGAUCAAGAGAAGUGUGCAGCAUUGCCAAAUGUAGCAGCAGGUCUUAGUGCAAUUUUAUUCGCAAUAAGAAUAGAUAAUGAAGAAUUGGACAACAAUUUAAAAGUCAAAAAUUCUGAAAAAUUGAAUGGCGAACAAUCAGAACUUAUCAUAUCUAUUAUGCCAGGCUCUCUGAAUUUAAAACAAGGAAAGGUACAAAAAAAAGUACCAACUCAUAUUAUUUCUUUUGACAAUGAUAGCGAAGAACAAGGACAAUCUGAUGUUAGUACUGAUGUUAGUACCAGUAUUAAUGAGCACAUUUCUUUUAAUAAUGCUUCUAUUUUAACAAAACAUUCUUCAUCUCCAUCUAUAUCAGAAGUGCAACUGGAUUUCGACGAUUAUAAUGCCGUUGCGAAUACAAGUUCUACAGAAAAUGAAUAUGGUGAAUCUCUGGAUGAAGCAAAGAUAUUAACUCCUGUGACAGAUUCUGAUAACUUAGGUCUUGUUCCCACAUCACCUCUAGAUCAGACAUUUGAUGACAUGUUAAUUAAUUUGCCAAAUUAUUUAAAUGAAACAACAGAAAUUACUGAACCUGCAGUAGAAGCGACAGAACAUCUUAUUAAUUUAGAUGAUCGUAGAAAUACAGAAGAUUUAGAUGCAGAAACAUUACGGUUGAAACUUUUAACUAUGAAUGAACUCCUAGAACAAGCUAGAGAGGAUGCUAUGACCAGCAGAUUGCUGUUAAAUCGCUUUCAAAGACAGCAUCAAAAUUUUGUUGAAAAACAUCAACUCCAAUUGCAGACAUUAAACAGGGAGAAUGAACUCUUAAGGCAACAAUUACGUAAAUAUGUGACAGCUGUACAAAUGCUAAGAAAGGAAUCUGAUUCUACUUAUUCAAUAAAAAGAGACGCUUCGCCAACUCGUCACAAUGAAGCAGAACAGUAUGAAGCAAAGUUGAUUCAAGUUGCAGAUAUGCAUGCAGAAUUAAUGGAAUUCAAUGCUAAGUUAACUUUACAAUUGGCAAAUAGGGACAAAUUAAUACAAAUUUUGCAAACUGAAUUGAAGUGCCUUCGAGGUUCUUUCAAUGAGGAUGAUUUACCAUUGGAAUCUCCAUGCCUUAUUCAUAUAUGGAUACCAUCUGUUUUCCUAACAGGACAGCCUUCUGAUAUUCAUCAUGUAUAUCAAAUAUACAUACGUAUACGGGAUAUUGAAUGGAAUAUUUAUAGGCGAUAUGCACAAUUUUAUGAAUUUCAUAAGGAAUUAAUAAAACAUGAUGCGAUUGUGACUGCUUAUGAAUUUCCUCCAAAGAAAACAAUAGGAAAUAAAGAUGCUAAAUUUGUAGAAGAAAGGAGACAAAAAUUACAAGAAUGGCUAAGACGUGUUGUUGGGCGAUUAACACAAUGUUCUACGUUUUCUUCUAAUCCAAGUAGACAAACUCUCGUAUCAUUGUUACCUUUUUUUGGUGACAGACCCAAUGCUGAUAAUAUAAACAAAAAUAAUACCACAAAAAAUGCACUAUCUUCUCCUCAAUAUAUGGGUUUAUAAUGAUGGCUUACAUAGACUUUGUAUAUAAAAAUAUUCUUUAAUUUAAUGAACAAACUGUUUUAUAUGUAUAUCUUGAAAUAGAUGUAUUAUAUCAUGCAAAUAUAGUGGCUCACAAAAGUAUUUAAAUGCUCGCUAUUAAAACUUUAAACAAUAAAAAAAUGCAUAUUAGAUUUAAGUUCUGAAAGUAAUGUUACACUAAAUAUCGUAUUAUAAGCCUAAUUCAGUGAUUUUCAUGGUAAAAUUACAAAUAAGAAACAAGCGUUUGAAAUUUGCAAAAGAAUAUAUAAGUAAAGAUAAUGCUUUCUGAGAUAAAGUUAUUUUUUCUGACAAAAACAAAUUUAAUAUAUUUGAUUUAUUGUUAGUAAUAUAUAAAUUUAAUAUAUUAAAUCAGAUGGAUGUUAUUAUGUUUAGAGAAAAUCCAAUUCAGAAAUAAAUGUUCAAAAUUUACAUCUGACUAUAAAACACAGUAGUGAUUCCAUGAUGUUGUAGAGGUCUGCGAUUGCAAAUGGUAUUAGAAUAUUUAAAAUGUAACAUGCAAACGUUAAAAUAAUAUCAUAGAUGGUAUUUUAGAUAAAUAUAUGUAUUUAAAUAUUCUAAAAAAUAAUUUGAAAAGAAGUGCUAUGAAAUUAGAAUUAUUAGAAAAUUUUUGUUCCCAACAAGACAAUGAUACCAAGCAUAUGGUCAAAAUUGUAAAAAAAUGUAUUAUGUACAUUUUACGUAUUACACACAUGUAUUACAUACAUUUUAUAUAUUACAUACAUCCCCACAAAGUCCGGAAAUUAACCCCAUCGAACAUUUAUGGACGGAAAUAGGCAAGAGAUUAAAAAAAUUCUAAAAUGUAUAUAACUUCGAAAAAUGUACUAAAACAGAAAAUUUUAGAAGUAUGGAAUUCUAUUCAAUCUACAACUACAAAGCUAGUUCCCAGCAUACAACACCGUCUCAAACCCAUAAUUGAAGCUAAGAGAGAUCCAAUUGAAUAUUAAAUAAAAUAAAAUACGUAUAAUUAAUACCGUUCAAAUACUUUUGUGACGCUAUUUCGAUAAAUCUUUGCAACGAAUGUUUUAUAUAGAUU